AUGGAUGGUUGUAAACACUUGAAUAAUUUUAAGUUGGUUAAAGGAAUACAACCUUACAAGACUAUUCACUCAUAUUUCGUUGCUAGUACCUCAGCAGAAGCUCGAAAGACAAAGGCACUGCAUUGUUAUUGUUACACUUGUAAGAAGAUUGAGCGAAGACUUCAUUCUUGUCUUCACUGUAUAUACAUAGGAUGUUACAGUAGUGGUCAUAUUCAAGAUCAUUCCAAAACUAAGAAACACUUUCUUGCGGUGGACCUUGCAUACGGUAAUGUCCUCUGCUUCCAAUGUGGCGACUACAUUUACGACUCGGUGCUGGCAGAGGUUGCCGAGGCUAACGUGACAAUGGCAGCCGUCAGUCUGGGUAUGUCCUCAGUGUAUUCCACAUGGUCACCUACUCCACGUGAGGUUCAGCUAAUGCAAGGAAACCCUCGUGUGCUGACUAUACUGAAAGACUCUACAUUAGGUCUCCGAGGCCUGUUGAACCUAGGCAACACAUGUUUCAUGAACUGCAUCAUGCAGGCGUUGACACACACUCCGCUACUGAGGGACUACUUCCUGAGUGACAGACACGUGUGCCAACUGCAGGACACUCCCGGACACUGUCUGGUCUGCGAAAUAUCAUCCUUGUUUCAAGAGUUCUACUCAGGGCGUAAACCACCGUUGGUGCUGUCAAGGCUACUGCACUUGAUAUGGACACAUGCUCGACACUUGGCUGGUUAUGAACAACAAGACGCACAUGAGUUCUUCAUCGCCACUUUGGAUCUACUUCACAGGCACUGCACAGCAAAGACAUUGUGCCAAACACCACACCAUUGCAGUUGUAUCAUUGACCAGAUAUUUACAGGAGGGCUACAAUCGGAUGUUGUCUGUACUGCUUGCAGUGGAGUGUCGACAACUAUCGACCCAUUCUGGGACAUCUCGCUAGACCUGGCUAUCAGUGGAGUGGGCACCUCGCUGUCACUGCUAGAAUGUCUGCAACAAUUCACUCGGGCUGAGCAUCUCGGCACAACAGCCAAGAUAUGGUGUAGCAAUUGUGAUACUUACCAGGAGAGCACUAAACAGCUCACGUUAAAAACACUUCCUGUGGUCGCCUGCUUCCACCUCAAGAGGUUUGAGCACUCCAACAGACUGCACAAGAAGAUAUCAACGGAGGUGGUGUUUCCUCAGGAGCUUGACAUGAGUCCCUUCAUGUCUCACAAACGCAACACACACGUCUCCCACAUUCCUUCCACCCUAGAGGACUACAGGUAUUCUCUGUUUGCGGUGAUUAAUCAUGAAGGGUCACUGGAUACAGGCCAUUACACAGCAUACAUCAGACAACAGCAUAGACACUGGUACAAGUGUGAUGAUCACAUGAUCACCAGAGCUCACAUCAGUCAAGUAUUGGACAGUGAAGGCUAUCUACUCUUCUACCACAAACAGAUUUUGGAGUAUGAAUAGAAUGUUUGAAACAACAAUUGAUCGUUACACUUUCCACUUUCUUUUAUACUGAAUCCAAUAAUUAAAAAAUUUGUUUAACCCUUAGGGUGUUACGAGAAGAAAAAAUUCACUUUUAAUUAAUCAUACCAUUUUUAAAAAGUGUAAGAUCUUGCCCAACAUUAUUUUUUAAAUUAUAUUGUCACAAAUAACUUUCUGGUGACAAGCAU